UCUUCCUCUUCUAACAAAUUUUAUCAAGGGAGGAAACUUUGCGCAGCUGCAACGCCUACAAACACCAAACCCAUCAAUCACAACGCAACACCUUUGACCACUUCACACUCUCUUCUCUUUGCUCAUUUCUGUUUCCACGGAUCCUCUUUUUGCAAGUAGCAGUAGCAAGAAAGAGUUGGCAUGCUUGUGUUCUCUCAGGCACCACCAUUUUCUUUUUUCAAGCCUUUUAGCUUAUAGUGAAAAAAAGAGAAUAAAGCUAGCAAAGCACCAGUUUUUUAUCCUUUCUUGCCAUUUGCUCCACUAAUUCUAGAGGGCAUCUUUCUUUUCUCUGUUUUUUCCUCAAUUGGGUCUUUUUGGUUUUUGCUAUUGCUCACUUUUAGUAUCUUUUAAACCGAAGUCUUAAUCCCAUUUUUUUUGGGUUUGAAGUUUGAACUUCGAAGUUUCAAGAUUUAUGGUUAAGAGUAUUGUUUUCGUUUUUGAAAUUUGAAAAGGUUUUUUUCUUUUUCUUUCUUGAAAUUGUUGUGGUUUAGUACUUGGGUUUAUUAAUGGAAUAAAUAUUAGGAUCUGGAUAUUGUUAUUGCUUCAAGAAUUUUCCUUGGGUUUUGGAAAGUUGCAAACUUUUCAAGAUUCCUCAAUUUGGAAAAAAAAAAAAGAAGGUUUCUCAAGAUUCUAAUCUAAUGGCUAUUUGAUCAUAAAAUUCUCCACUUCUCUGCAUUUCCCAUUUGGUCAUUCUCUCUCUCUUUGAAUUCAAAGAGAGAGAGGAAAACCGAGUAAUAGAGUGUGCCUCUUUUAUGUUUUUAUAAAUCAUCUCUUCUUUGGCUUGCUAGUUAUUUGCUUUGAUUGUACACUGUGACUGCUUACAACUAUGAAUCGGGGUGGAAUCCUGUCUCCGGCCUCGUAUUUACAGAAUUCAAACUGGUUUUUUCACGAAAGCAGGGGAACAAAAUGGACCCCUGAAGAGAACAAGCAGUUUGAGAAUGCUUUGGCUUUGUAUGACAAGGAUACGCCUGAUCGGUGGCUGAAGGUGGCAGCCAUGAUUCCAGGCAAGACUGUAGGUGAUGUCAUCAAACAGUACAGGGAAUUGGAGGAAGAUGUUAGUGAUAUAGAGGCAGGGCUCAUCCCAAUUCCUGGAUAUAGUAGUGAUUGUUUCACAUUAGAGUGGGUGAGUAAUCAUGGGUAUGAAGGGAUGAAGCAAUUUUAUAGUCCUGGAGGUAAGAGGGGCACAGCGACGCGGCCUUCUGAGCAGGAAAGGAAGAAAGGUGUGCCGUGGACUGAGGAGGAGCACAGGCAGUUUCUUUUAGGUCUUCAAAAGUAUGGUAAGGGGGAUUGGAGAAAUAUCUCCCGCAAUUAUGUGACUACUAGGACGCCAACUCAGGUGGCUAGCCAUGCACAAAAGUAUUUUAUUAGGCAAAGUACUGGAGGGAAGGACAAGAGGAGAUCUAGUAUCCAUGAUAUAACUACUGUCAAUCUUCCAGAUGCCAGAUCUCCAUCACCAGAAAACAGAAAGCCAUCAUCUCCAGAUCAUUCAACCACAACCAAGCAAUCUCAGGCACCACCAAUAACGACUGGCAUGGUUAAAGAGCUAUUUGACUGGAAACCCCAAAAUGAAGGAACAGCCACAGUUUUCAAUCCAGCAAAUGGCAAUUUGUUGAUGGCACCUUUCUGUGGGAUAUCCUCAUAUGGAUCCAAGCUGCAGGAGCAAAAUCUGCUUGGAGGAACACUUCCAGGAUAUCAGUUCGGUCCUUACAAUUUGAUUUUUCAGAUGCAAUCAAUGCAACAUCACUAAGGGCAUAGAUGAAGUGGGGCAUUUAGGGCUCUGAAGGCAUUGAUAUGCUAUAUGUUAUACAGUAUGUUGGGUAGCUUUGUCUUUUCUCAAUCAUGGUUUAUUGUGAAUAUGUCAAUGAGGGCUCAAGUUAGUCCGUAUUUAAUAGACUCUUACAGAACAAUCACUUAGCUUACGCUGUGAUUUUGCGUUCAAAUCUAAUCAUCGAACCAAAAGGAAGCUCGUUUAUGUGAAGCUUGCCUUUUUAUUACCUGUGAAUAUCCUGGUUGUGUUUGGAAUUCAAUUAUAGUCGCAAGGUUUGGAACUU